AUCGGACAGUGCAGUUGUGUUGUGUGAGUAGUGUCUGUACCUUUGCGGACGAACUCACUGCUGCGGAUAGAGUGAGAAGGAGCGUGAGUGAGAGGAAACUGCUGUGUAGAAAAACGGGAGUGUUUCACACGCACGCAAGGCAGACACAAAAGUGGAGAAGCCAUUUUCCAAUCUCGGGCCUGGUCGCUGUAGUGUGUGCACAAAAUUGAAGAAAAAACGGGAAAAUCCGUGGAAAAUGCUCCAUUUUCCAUCGCGAAUCGAAACAUUGGUGGACAAAUAAACGCACGACAAUGCAGAUUUAGGAAUCCAGCGGUCUGUACAUUGUCGGUACCAGUCCGGUUCCUGUGAUAUCCGAUUUUUUCCUAGUUUCUUCAGUUCGAUCCGCGGUCAUGCUGAAAAUUUGAGUUUCAUUUUCUUCACUUCGGUAAGGUUUGCGGGCGCUGGAAGUAGUGAAAAAAAAAUAGUUUCCGGACGGCUAAGCAAGUUGACGUCGACGGUGGAAGGCAGGAGCGCAGCAGCACGAAACGAGUGCAGCAAAAAUUUGAUCGAUAUUUUCCACCAUUUAUUGUGGUGCGCCAAAGAAUUUGCCCUGUGUGGUUCCAUUCUUUAUAGUUUUCCUUUCCACCGGUGGGGCCAGAAGGAGCGAAAGGCACAGUGCAAUUGUUGGCCUCGUUGAAGCAGAAAAAAAAAGUUCAGUAUAUCUAGUUUUUGUUAGUGUGAAAAUUGUCAAAUUCUCUAUCCUUAUAUCGAUUGUGCAUUAAAAUAAGAGUAUUCCGCCUAGUCCUAUUGGAUCUAGUCAGAAACGACAGAAAGCCCUUUCUGGAGCACACCAUCGGAAGACAUUCUUGAAAAAAAGAGCUCAGAGAGAGAAACAGGCGCUUGUCUGAAUCGCACCUUCCACGAGCAACCAAAAGAAAAAAAAUGUCGGGUGAUCGUGAGAUUCCAGCCGAGGAUAGCAUCAAGGUGGUGUGUCGUUUCCGGCCACUGAAUGACAGCGAGGAACGAGCCGGGUCCAAGUUUAUCGUAAAGUUCCCAUCCGGACCGGAGGAAAACUGUCUCUCGAUUGGGGGCAAAGUAUAUCUGUUCGACAAAGUCUUCAAACCGAAUGCCACACAGGAAAAGGUUUACAAUGAGGCUGCUAAAUCCAUCGUGUCGGACGUGCUGGCCGGUUACAAUGGCACCAUCUUUGCCUACGGUCAAACGUCGUCCGGCAAAACGCACACAAUGGAGGGCGUCAUCGGCGAUCCCGGCAAGCAGGGUAUCAUUCCACGCAUCGUGAACGACAUCUUCAACCAUAUCUACAGCAUGGAGGUCAACCUGGAGUUUCACAUCAAGGUGUCGUACUACGAGAUCUAUAUGGACAAAAUCCGGGACCUGCUGGACGUGUCGAAGGUGAAUCUGAGUGUACACGAGGACAAGAAUCGGGUACCGUACGUGAAGGGGGCAACCGAGCGGUUCGUGUCCAGCCCGGAGGACGUGUUCGAGGUGAUCGAGGAGGGUAAAUCCAACCGACACAUAGCGGUGACCAACAUGAACGAACACUCGUCCCGAUCGCACUCAGUAUUUUUGAUAAAUGUGAAGCAGGAAAAUUUGGAAAAUCAGAAAAAACUAUCCGGCAAGCUGUACCUGGUGGAUUUGGCUGGUUCGGAGAAGGUUUCGAAAACCGGCGCCGAAGGUACGGUGCUGGACGAAGCGAAGAACAUCAACAAAUCCCUGUCGGCCCUCGGCAAUGUGAUCUCGGCGCUGGCCGACGGCAACAAAACCCAUAUUCCGUACCGUGAUUCGAAGCUAACGCGAAUCCUGCAGGAAUCGCUCGGUGGUAAUGCACGAACCACCAUCGUGAUCUGUUGUUCGCCGGCGAGUUUCAACGAAGCGGAAACCAAAUCAACACUGGACUUCGGUCGAAGAGCCAAAACCGUCAAGAACGUGGUAUGCGUAAACGAAGAACUAACGGCCGAAGAGUGGAAACGUCGCUACGAGCGGGAAAAGGAAAAGAACGGACGGCUGAAGGGCAAAGUGGAAAAGUUGGAAGCCGAGCUGGCCAGAUGGCGUGCCGGCGAAACGGUCAACGAAGAGGAACAGCUCGAUCUGCUCGAUGUCAUGGAGGCUAGCACACCGAACGUGGAGGUUCUGCUGGAGAAAACAACGGAUCUACCGGUGCCGGCUACGCCAAGUGGUUUAGCGAUGGUCGGUUCGAUCAAUGCCGACGAACGGGCUGCGCUGGAGCAGGAGCGCGAGCGUCUGUACCAGCAGCUGGAUGAUAAGGAUGAGGAAAUCAAUCAACAGUCGCAGUACGUUGAGAAGCUGAAGGAACAGAUCAUGGACCAGGAAGAACUGAUCGCCAACACUCGGCGGGACUACGAAAACCUGCAGGCAGAGAUGACCCGUAUCCAGCAGGAGAACGAAAGCGCAAAGGAAGAGGUUAAGGAAGUCCUGCAAGCACUUGAAGAACUUGCCGUUAACUACGAUCAGAAAUCGCAGGAGAUUGAGUCCAAAAACAAGGAAAUUGACUCGGUUAACGAUGAGCUGCUGCAGAAACAGACCUCGCUGAACAGUGCGCAAUCCGAGCUACAGCAACUGAAGGACAUGUCGGCACACCAGAAGAAACGCAUCACGGAAAUGUUGAGCAAUUUACUUCGGGAUCUUUCCGAGGUCGGACAGGCCCUGGCCGCCGAUCAGAACGAGAUGAAACUGAACGUGGAAGCUUCGGCGGGUAAACUGGAGGAAGAGUUUACCGUGGCGCGGUUGUACAUUAGCAAGAUGAAGUCCGAGGCGAAGAACGUCUCACAACGGUGCUCGAAUUUGGAAAACCUUCAGCAAGAGGCCAACAAGAAGGUAGGCGAAUACGAAAAGGAUCUCAGCGAGUGUCGGCUGCUAAUUUCGCAGCACGAGGCUCGUAUGAAGUCGCUGCAGGAAUCGAUGCGGGAAGCAGAGAACAAAAAGCGCACCCUGGAGGAAAAUGUGGACGCCCUGCGGGAGGAAUGCGCUAAGCUGAAGGCUGCUGAACAGGUGUCGGCUGUGAAUGCGGAAGAGAAACAAAAGGCUGAUCAACUGAAGGCUGCGUUCGAGAAUCAGAUGGACCAGUUGCGGGAUGCCCACACGAAACAGGUGUCGGCACUGCGGGAUGAGAUUUCCGAAAAGCAGGAAUUCAUCAACGAACUGAAGGAUACCAACCAGAAGCUUUCGCUUGCCCACCAGCAGAUGACGGCCGACUACGAGAAGCUACGCCAGGAGGAAGCCGAGAAGUCUGCCAAACUACAGGAACUUAUGCUCACCAACGAACGACGAGAGCAGGCACGUAAGGAUCUCAAGGGACUGGAGGAUACCGUUGCCAAGGAACUGCAAACGUUGCAUGCCCUCCGUAAGCUGUUCGUGCAAGAUCUUCAGGCCCGUAUCAAAAAGUCCAUCAAUUCGGAGGAAACCGAAGACGACGGUGGUUCGCUGGCACAGAAGCAGAAGAUUUCCUUCCUCGAGAACAACCUGGAACAGCUGACCAAGGUGCACAAGCAGCUGGUUCGUGAUAAUGCCGAUCUGCGGUGCGAGCUACCCAAGCUGGAGAAACGUCUGCGCACCACCAUGGAACGAGUUAAGGCCCUGGAGACGGCCCUCAAGGAAGCCAAGGAGGGUGCGAUGCGAGACCGGAAACGCUAUCAGUACGAGGUCGAUCGCAUCAAGGAAGCCGUCCGGCAGAAGAAUCUGGCACGGCGAGGACCUCAGGCGCAAAUCGCAAAGCCAAUCCGUGCCGGCCAGGGACACAUUCUUUUCAAGACGGCUGCCGCCGGCUCCAGUUCACCGGUAACACCAAAGGCGAUGCUAGACGAGAAGAGAAAAUCCGUUGUGAAAGAUUCUGAAAGUUGAAUCGACUAAGUGUGAAUCCGAAAGGUAGCUUAGCAGACACAACUCUAAACAAACAAAAAAAUGCUAUCGUGUAAGCACUAAAUUUUCCACGCUGCAAUUAUAUAUAUAUACAUACAUACAUCUAUACAUAUAGUUAUGUAACUGAAACACCUCCUCCCCCCCUGCAUUCACCCAACACACAAAGGCACAGAGGCACCCGAAAUCGAAAAAACGAUCGGGUGUGACGAAAUCAGUUGGAGCAGCAGCAGAAAAAUAAAUGCCGUGCAAAUUGUCAUUGUGAAAAAGUUAAAUUUUACCGCACCAGACGAAAUCUGCAAAACUCAAAAUAACGAAGUUUACUAAAAGAAAAUGAACAACAACAAAAAAACAAUUAUUCAAUAGAUGUUAAGCUCCACGGAUAGAAAACAAAAACAAAACAAAAAUCCGUGGCAGCGAAGCGGAAAGUAUAUAUAUUUUUGGCUUUAACAGAAAACAAAAUAACGUUUUGCCUGAAUUAUCAUCUUCUACAGUCAGUUAGAGAGAGAGAAAAGGGGUGAAAAAACCUACAGCAAAAAGUGCAACAGAGCGAACAGACUUUAGGGGAAAAGAUAAAAUGAUACAUGGUGUCUUUAAAUUAUUGCAAAUAUUAGAAACGGUAGUAAUAAAUUAAAUUUGACGCAGCAUCAGCAGCAGCUUAGUGAAGAAACACACAGAAACAACAAAAGAAAUAACAGCAGAACACUAAACAUUGUUUUCGCCGACGUACCAGCUUGAAACAAAUAAUGAACAAUGUUUAAUCUUACCCGCAGCUGCUUGCAUGAAAAAAAAAACCCUUUGCUACUUGUGCUAAGACAAAGAAUGUGACGCUAAAAAAAUACUAUUUAUUAAAUUAUUGCUUAUUUUAAAUAAAAACGAACCAACCGAAAAGAAAUGUGACUACAAUACCGGAAUAACUAAACUAAACUAAACUCAACCAACUCUCUCACAGAUAGACUCUACAAAUUCCAAUAGGGCUUUAAAAUUCGAUAAAUAGCAGAACAGAUGCAGCCGACCAGUGCUUUUGAUUUUGUUUUUUUUUUAAAUUUGGUUUCUCUUUGGAUCGGGUGUUAUUCUUUUAAGUUUGUUUGUUUAGCCAAGUUUUUGUAGCAACCAUCGCACAUUGAAAUCAAACACGUUUUUUGCGUUCCUUUCGUUAGAUUUAGACAAUUACUGGCACCAGUAUGGGGAAGUAAAAAGUUCAGUUUUUUUUCUCACAACUUUCUACUUUUUAUAUAUAAUUUAGUGGAAAACAACAUCAAAAAAGAUCUACUUCCGGAAAUAGCCUAUUAUUUUGAGUAAAAAUAUGAACAUGCAGUGAUAAAAUAAAUGCUGAAAACAGCUUACUUUA